CGCCGCCACCGUCCCAGCCGAUGGGUCGCGGCACACGCUCGCGCUCGCGGUCGGCGGGUCGCAGGGGCCGCAGACAGCGGAGCCGGAGCCGGAGUCGGAGCGGGAGCCACGGUCGGCGAAGCCGCCGGCGCCGGGAUGACGAGGGGCGGCGCAGGCGAAGGCGGCGGAGCCGGGAGCGCAGGUCCGAUUCGGAGGAGGGCCAGUGGCAGCGGCAGAGGCGGCAGAGCCGGAGCCCCCGACCACCCCGAUGGCGCUCCCGGGACCGUUCCUCUCAGUCAGACUCGGGCAACGAGCAGCAGCGGGGCCACUGGGCACAUCGGGCCCACCGGCGGUGGACGCGCUCCUGGUCCCCGGGCUCCUCCACGUCCAGCUCGGCGUCAGCAGACCCCUCCCAGAACUCGCGAGAGGUGGCCGAGGCCCUGAGCCAGCAGAGCUUGCAGGAGCGGCUGCGGCUGCGUGAGGAGCGGAAGCAGCAGGAGGAGCUGAUGAAGGCCUUCGAGACGCCCGAGGAGAAGCGGGCGCGGCGGCUGGCGAAGAAGGAGGCCAAGGAGCGGAAGAAGCGGGAGAAGAUGGGCUGGGGCGAGGAGUACAUGGGCUACACCAACACGGACAACCCCUUCGGCGACAACAACCUCCUGGGCACCUUCAUCUGGAACAAGGCCCUGGAGAAGAAGGGGAUCAGCCACCUGGAGGAGAAGGAGCUGAAGGAGCGGAACAAGAGGAUCCAGGAGGACAAUCGGCUGGAGCUGCAGAAGGUGAAGCAGCUGCGGCUGGAGCGGGAGCGCGAGAAAGCCAUGCGUGAGCAGGAGCUGGAGAUGCUGCAGCGGGAGAAGGAGGCCGAGCACUUCAAGACCUGGGAGGAGCAGGAGGACAACUUCCACCUCCAGCAGGCCAAGCUGCGCUCCAAGAUCCGCAUCCGGGAUGGGCGGGCCAAGCCCAUCGACCUGUUGGCCAAGUACAUCAGCGCCGAGGACGACGACCUGGCUGUGGAGAUGCACGAGCCUUACACCUUCCUCAAUGGCCUCACGGUGGCCGACAUGGAGGACCUGCUGGAGGAUAUCCAGGUGUACAUGGAACUCGAGCAGGGCAAGAACGUGGACUUCUGGCGCGACAUGACCAUCAUCACGGAGGACGAGAUCGCCAAGCUCCGCAAGCUGGAGGCCUCAGGCAAGGGGCCAGGCGAGCGGCGAGAGGGCGUCAACGCGUCAGUCAGCUCCGACGUGCAGUCGGUCUUCAAGGGGAAGACGUACAGCCAGCUGCAGGUCAUCUUCCAGGGCAUCGAGGGCAAGAUUCGGGCUGGGGGCCCCAACUUGGACAUGGGCUACUGGGAGAGCCUGCUGCAGCAGCUGCGUGCCCACAUGGCGCGUGCCAGGCUCCGCGAGCGGCACCAGGACGUGCUGCGGCAGAAGCUCUACAAGCUGAAGCAGGAGCAGGGUGUGGAGAGCGAGCCGCUGUUCCCCAUCCUCAAGCAGGAGCCCCCGUCUCCUGGCCACAGCCUGGAGCCCGAGGACCCGGCUCCAACCCCUCCCGGGCCGUCCUCCGAGGGUGGCUCCCCCGAGCCUGAGGCAGACGGGGCUGCGCCUGCAGAAGGGGAGGCGGAGGCCGAGGGGGAAGCGGUGCUCAUGGAGGAGGACCUGAUCCAGCAGAGCCUGGACGACUACGACGCCGGCAAGUACAGCCCCCGGCUGCUCUCCGCUCAUGAGCUGCCGCUGGACGCGCACGUGCUGGAACCUGACGAGGAUCUGCAGCGCCUGCAGCUCUCCAGGCAGCAGCUUCAGGUCACCGGCGACGCGAGCGAGAGCGCGGAGGACAUCUUCUUCCGGCGGGCCAAGGAGGGCAUGGGCCAGGACGAGGCCCAGUUCAGCGUGGAGAUGCCACUGACGGGCAAGGCCUACCUGUGGGCCGACAAGUACCGGCCGCGCAAGCCCCGCUUCUUCAACCGCGUGCACACGGGCUUCGAGUGGAACAAGUACAACCAGACGCACUACGACUUCGACAACCCGCCGCCCAAGAUCGUGCAGGGCUACAAGUUCAACAUCUUCUACCCCGACCUCAUCGACAAGCGCUCCACGCCCGAGUACUUCCUGGAGGCCUGCCCCGACAACAAGGACUUCGCCACCCUGCGCUUCCACGCGGGGCCGCCCUACGAGGACAUCGCCUUCAAGAUCGUCAACCGCGAGUGGGAGUACUCGCACCGCCACGGCUUCCGCUGCCAGUUCGCCAAUGGCAUCUUCCAGCUCUGGUUCCACUUCAAGCGCUACCGCUACCGGCGGUGAUGGCCCACCUGCUGGCGGCGGCGGGGCCAGCAGCUUCCCCCGGCCCAUUCACAGCCCCCCUCGGGCUGGGCCUGCCCCUCCCUGGCCUCACUUUCUCGGUAUGGACCCAGGUCACAAUGGAACCUCCUUGGCGAGCAGGGGGGAUGACCAGGACAGGCUGGGCCAGGGUUCCAACAGGCAGGAGCUGCCGCUGGGGGUUCUCGGAGCCCAGGGGACCCAGCAGGUGCCGACCAAACUCGCUGUCCAUGUGGGCAGACUCGGCCCAAGCCCCACUCUGGGACAGGCCCUGCGGUAUGGGGCCUGGACACGGGGCGCAGGAAACCAGAGCCAGCGUUGACUGGCCUGGCACUCGGCCAGUGGCCGCAGGACCCACGCUCCCGCUCUGUCAGCUGGGCUCCCAUGGAGCCCACAGCAGCAGACGCCGGAGCCUUGCCAUGCACUUUCCAGAGAAUGUCGGAGGGAUUUCCAAGUCUUGCGGUCCUCCCACGUCACCCCUGGUGCUGGCUUUGGGGUCAUUCACCCCCCCAAGCGGGCGUGAAGGACACAUUGUCCACCAUCAGAUCCAGGAACCAAGGGCCAUGGGGAACAUCCUUGCUCGGCUGCUGAGCGAAGAAGCUCCCAGGAGCCCAGCCUCCGUGGUACCCCCAUCCCGCUGGGUGUCCCCUCCCUUCAGGACAGCUGUGUUCCACCACGGAGCUGCCUGCCUUGCCCCAUGUCUGACAGGGACAGCCACUCCCCCACAGCCAGAUUGUCAGCAGUUCCCCAGGCAGGCCGACCCCAGGAAUAUUUUUAACAAUUUAUUACAGAUUCUUCCAGCCUACAGUGGGAGGACCCUGCCCCAGACCCAGACCCUGAAGUGCCACCUCCAGGCCCCUGGGACAGCCCCAGCCAACACCCAGUUUCAUCUGGAAAUAUUUUAGGUUGUUUCCUAAAAAGACUUUUUUAGGCAUGUGGGGAGAAAUCUUGUUUAUUUUCAUUUAAAUUGUCGACUCAGGAGAGUGCAUGGUUUUUUAAUAAACACUUUAUUUUAGAAUAA